GAACAGAAACAGUCAAUAUCAAGUGAGAUUGAACCGAAAGAUGCGAGGAAAUUGCUUGGAGAUAUGACCGAGACAGACCCUGCUGAGGCACGCAUCGGUCUGAGGCUAUAUCGUCGUCGUUGGAUUGUAUUAGCAGUGGUAGCAUUGUUGAACAAUUCCAAUACGAUGUCUUGGAUUGCGUUCGCAUCAAUUGCUAACCACGUGAAUGCGUUUUAUGGGAAUGAACAUGCUGCGAAUUGGUUUUCAUUAAUCUAUAUCGUGUGUACCAUUCCGGUGGGUGCAGUAGCUAUGUGGCUCGGCAGUAGAUUCGGUUUGAGAACCGCUAUCCUUAUCUCUGCUUGUGCAAAUGCACUCGGGGCGAUAAUACGAUUCUGCAGUUCAUUCUCACCGUUAGACAUCCGUUUUGCAGUCGGUAUGAUAGGACAAGCGCUGGCCGCUUCUGCAUAUCCAUUUAUUAUGUUUUUACCAACCAAGGUUGCUGCAACGUGGUUCAGUGAGAAUGAGCGUGCGUUAGCGACGACAAUCGGUGUGAUGUCGAAUCCACUGGGUGUCCUCCUGGCCAAUAUCAUAUCACCGCAAGUUGUUCAGAAAGCUGCCGAUGUACCAAUGGUUAAUGCGAUCACGUUGGUAUCACCAAUAAUCACAUGUUUAAUUGCGGUGUUUUGCGUGAAGAGUUCUGAGCCGAAGAUACCACCAUCGUUAAGUGCUUCACAAACCCAGAUGGGAUUCUUUGCUGGUAUAUUCGUCGCGAAAACGAAACUUUACGAGGAAACAAUGAAAGUGUGCUUAUCAUUAGCUGUUGUUGUGGGUUUGGUGUUCUUACAGUUAACAUUACAUCCAAACUUAGAAGUGUACAUAAUAAUCGGAUGUUUAUUAUUCGGCGCGUUCGGGUUAGCAUCAUACCCGGUUGGUCUUGAGAUCUCUGCAGAGUGCACAUUCCCUGUCUCGGAAACCACUUCUACUGGAUUGAUCGUACUCUCGGGACAGUUUCAAUCAAUAUUGUAUGUGGCUUUAAUGGAAAUAUUCAGUAAACCUCUUCAACCGUCGUAUAUGCAUAUUCAAGUUUGUACCACUGGUGAAGAUAAUGAACAGACAGUACCCAAGGACAAUACGAACGCCGUUAUUGUAUGA